CAAAGGUCGGCCCCGGCAAGAUGGCGGCCCCCUUGGAGCUCAGUUGUUGGGGAGGCGGCUGGGGGCUCCCAUCGGUACACAGCGAGUCCUUGGUGGUGAUGGCGUACGCCAAAUUUUCUGGUGCACCCUUGAAAGUCAAUGUCAUAGAUAACACCUGGAGAGGUUCAAGAGGCGAUGUACCAAUUUUGACAACUGAAGACAACAUUGUUUCUCAGCCAGCAAAAAUACUAAACUUUUUAAGAAAACAGAAAUAUAAUGCUGAUUAUGAACUCUCAGCGAGACAAGGAGCAGAUACACUGGCUUACAUCGCUCUCCUUGAAGAGAAGCUUCUUCCGGCAGUGCUUCACACUUUCUGGGUUGAGAAUGACAAUUACUUUACUGUGACAAAGCCAUGGUUUGCGUCACGAAUUCCCUUUCCCUUGAGUUUGAUCCUGCCUGGAAGAAUGUCUAAGGGAGCCCUGAAUAGGAUUCUCCUGACCAGAGGAGAGCCUCCGCUCUACCACCUCCAGGAAGUGGAAGCGCAGAUAUACAGAGAUGCCAAGGAGUGCCUAAAUCUUCUGUCACACAGACUGGGGACAUCUCAGUUCUUCUUUGGAGAUAUGCCUUCUACCCUGGAUGCCUACGUGUUCGGUUUUCUUGCACCUCUUUAUAAAGUACGCUUUCCUAAAGUUCAGCUACAAGAACAUUUGAAACAGCUCUCCAACCUGUGUCGCUUUUGUGAUGACAUCCUAAACAGUUAUUUUAGGCAUAGUCUUGGAGCAUUUUCCUGCGUGAACAGAAAUCAGCAGCAGACUGAUUUUGGUGAGGCAUCUCUCCUGCUGGACAAGAAACGGUCGAUGCCAAUCUGCAGAAACUCACCCAGCUUGUAAAUAAGGAAUCCAACUUGAUUGAAAAGAUGGAUGACAAUCUUCGCCAAAGCCCUCAACUCCCUCCUCGGAAACUGCCGACACUUAAGUUGACUCCAGCGGAAGAAGAAAGUAAUUCCUUACAAAGGCUGUCACCCUGACAGUCAUUGUGCUUUGUGUCCAAAGUUAGAUGAUUGGUGCAGUAAUAUUAUACUAAGUGUGAGAAGGCAAAAAGGAAAUGCCAUGAAUAGGUACAAGGAAGACUCUAAAACAAAAGAAACUUUUUGUGACAUCUAUUUUUUUUAAUUAUGAAGCUUGUCUUUUGGCUUGGCAAUACACUUUGCAAAAUGAAUGCUGACCAAACUUGGGGGAAAGAAGAAAACACAUUGUACUGUAUAUAAAAAAGCCUGCCUUAAUCUUGGCAGCUUUUUGCCUUUGGUUCACAUGUUGCUGACCAAAAGCUCCAUUUCUGUUCUGAAUGUGCACUCUCAAUUUAUUCAAGUUAAUUUGUUCAUUUAGUUUUCUCAGACCAGUCUGAAUACCUAACAUGUGGCUCUUUGGCUGAGGCUUUUUUUUUCUGUUUAGAAAUCUGAUGCCUAUUUUAGCUGUUAGGAAAAAUAUAUUAUUCUAAUAUUGUAUUUACUUCAAUAGAAAAGUCUGUAUUUAACUUUAAAAAGCAAUGAAGAAUGUGCUUUUUAAUGAUGCUUUCAUAAGUCUAAUCUUUUGGGGGGUUAGUACCAUAUAUAUAAAUAUUAAAGGUGGUUACUUAUAGUAUUCUUCUGACUAUAUGCAGUUCAGUAGAACGUUAGUAUUUGCUGAUUUGUUCAAUAUAGGUUAGCAAAGGCUCUUCUAGUUUAUUGAGUGAGUGUGGCAGCUUUAGACCUAUGUAUUUGUAGUACAUUUUUAACUCUAGUCAUCUCUUUCUCAGAUUAACUUCAGGACAACUGAAUGUGUUGGUUGUCAUUGUUAUGCCAGGUUGUAAAGUCUUACUGAAACUUGCCCAAUGGUUAGACACUACUUAGGAGGAGCCCACCGCCAGAGCAGUAGAAGUAAUACCAUGCGUCUGGUCCAGGUUCACCAGACUUGGCUCUGACCAGUGUUCUUUCAUAAGAAGCAUAUCAUGCAGUCAAAAGCUUUAUGGCAACUAAUUAUUUUCCGUAUAGUUUAACUACAGGUUAAAGAUCCAAUGGAAUAAUCAGAAAUAGCAGUAGAUUUUAUGUUAUUUUAUUUUUUCCUUUUUCUCCCCAAAGCCCCCAGGUACAUAGUUGUGUAUUCUUAGUUGUGGGUCCUUCUAGUUGUGGU